UCACUGUCAAAAAAAACGUCAACGUGGAAGUGGAAGGCUCAGUGAUUGAUAAUCCAAAAAAUAUAAAUUUUUACUUAUCUCAGAAAUGAUACGAAAAGUUUAAAUACGGAAAUAUUAGAACACAUUGUGGGCCAUACUGUAAAAAUACACUGACAAAUAAAAAUGGUCCUUUUACGAAAUGAGGAGUUCCUGGUGGAGCUCUCCAAGCUGUUCCAGAAAGCCCGUGCAGCAGGAUCGGUCACCAUGACUAUGAAACGAUAUGAUGGUCGGACAAAACCCCAGCCUAGAGACGGAACACCAGCAGUGAAAAAUCCUCAGUACAAAUGUUUAGUCAGAGCUCAGUCGGGAAGCAAAAAAAUAUCAACAGUCAUAGAGCAGACUGAAGUGGAAGUGUUCAGCACAGCUUAUUCUAAUUUACUAAAGACCAGUGUAAAUGGGUUAAAACGGUUGAAGAAACCCAAAAAGAAAGCUCUAGCUACACAGUAAUAUUGUGAUAGUUAACUACAUUGAAGUGUACAUCAAAGUGAACAAUGUGAACUUAAAAGACUAAUUAUUUUACCACCGCCGUCCUAGCUCGUAGCUCGAGGUCCAUUGAAUGUGCUCUUCUCUUGCUGCCAGUGAGAUGGAAGAGUUGGAAGCUCGCUACCCUGCUAGAGAUGUCACACACAGCUACUUGUGUCCUAUUAUGUUUUUAAUAAACUAUUUGUAAACAUA